UUUGCUAUUGUUUAAUUGACUCAUCUUGAUUUAGAAUUUAUAGAUCUAAAAUGUUUUUAAAAAUCAAAUUAUGUAUUUAUUUACAAUCUAGAUUUAGAUUUUUGGAUGGAAAAGUAAACAGCAAAGCUUGAAAAGGAUGGAGGUACCAACACCAUUUAUUCUUGAAUCCCAGGAAUAAGGCUUCUAAAAAAAACAGGAAAACUUUGCUACAAUGUUUAGUAAAACUGGAUCUGACAAGUCCAAAUUUUUGGAACAAGCUAAAGCAGCUAGACAAGAACGUGCUCAUGAUAGAGAGCGGGAGGAUGCCACCAUUCAUAUUCAGGCAGCUGUUAGAGGUUUCUUGACUAGGCAAAGGCUAAGCAAAUCCUUGAAAGCGGAAGUUGAUGCAUUUUUACAAGCACCACCACCUGAAAGUGAUGUGGAAUACAAGCCUAUAUUAAAACCAGCCGCAGAAACAUAUCAGAUAACAAAAAAGUUCCUGUUCAUUCAUGAUGCGAACUCCGAAGAAUAUAGACGGAGAUUUGAAUUUUUAUGUCGCUAUAUUCUUGCCACCAUGGAAACAGAUGUAUUAAAGUUUUGCUAUGUCUCCGUGUCAUUUAAUAAACAACACACUCUGUCGUGGAUCUCCCAACUGAAAUCACUUUUGUGGAAGUGCUGCCAGUAUUUCUACACAUUAAAGCCUGAAAAUCACAAUGACAUCCGCACAGUGAUGGUUUUAUUGAGAAUGUUGGUCACAUUUACCUCCCCUACCAACUGGGUUGCCUUUAAAGAUAAAGAGAACUUGCAGCCAGGUUUUUCUAAGUUGUGUGAUAAUAUUAUGGGAGACUUAAAUAGCAGAGGACUGUACACUGCCAUAGAGGUUUUACUAAGAAAGGGACUGUGCAGAGCCAGAAUUGUAUUUAACAAAGCGUCUCUGACUGCAAUCAUAACUAUAGCUUUGAGGCCUCUCAUUGCGUCAAACUUUUCUACCAACUUGUUGAGUGUGUUUCUGCUUCACGUGUUCUCAGUCCCAGCUGUCAUUAUCCACAUCUACACCACAGCGCAGGAUUGUAUAGCCACUAUGGUAACACACCGCAUCUUUAAGCGAUGUCUGGAUUUCCUGACCUGCGAGCAGAGUACAAGGAUCAUAUUCAACUCUUUAGAAGGAAACUAUGCACUUUGUCUGAUGGCUAAUUUAAUACAACUCGGCUUUGUUGAAAUGGAGGGUCUUGUUGAAAAUACGGUUGACUUUAUGUCUGUGAUGAUUCGCCUUCUGGAGAAUUGUUAUAAAUAUGUGCAGAACAAGAAAUCAAAUCUGACUCACUGGCAUCCAGUAUUGGGAUGGUUUUCACAGAAAACUGAUGUCAGUCUUCAUGAAUCAAUGACAUAUGUUGUGCGCCAACUCCAGCUACUCUGGAGUGACAAAAUGAUUCGCCUUAUGUUUGCUGUACUCUUGGAGUACACUGAGACUAGCCCAGUUGUAGAGGCGGAACAAGUUCACCACAAGAAAAAUAUAUUAAAGAAAGCCCUGUAUAAAGCCUCAUCAAAUAAACUCUCAGUCGCACAGAAAAUAAAGCUGGAUAGCGGCAUUGCCUUCAGUACUUGCCUACCUUGUUCUCUGUAUCGUCAAACAAUUAACACGUUAACUCAGUUGAAAAUGGAUAUACUUGGCGGCUUGGCCUAUAAUGAUAUUCUUCUACCAAUCCUGUGGAGAUUUCUUUGCGACCUUGGCCCUCACUGUGGAUUAAAAACAUUUCUAGACCUGCUUGCACAGGCCCCCAACUCAACAAUACAUCCAGUAUUCAGUCUUUUGUCUUUAUUUUGUGAAACAGCCUCCCACAUGAUUACCACACUUGAUGACACAGAAAUGUUGGAGCAACAAAAGAUUUUCAAAGUCACGGAUUAUGUCAAGAUGAGUGAAUUUCUCAACUUGUUUAUUUUCAAAGUCAUUUGGGGUGGACUCAUUACUCUAGAUAAAGCUCCAAACUGUGAUGUUUUUACCUCAACUCUUACGUUGCUGAUGAUUCUCCAUGAUAGAGACAGUCGAAGAAGUUUUACAAGUUCAAGUCAUUGGUUAAUUAGAGACGUAAAACCAAGUCACUUCAUGGCUGAACUGGAGAAAGAAAAAAAAACUGCUUUGUUUCUCAUGCAGAAAGUUCCACACAUUAUUCCCUUUAAUGAGCGUGUUGUCAUCUUCAGAAAGAAUGUCAUGAAAGAAAAGGAUAUGUUGGGGCUAACGGAAUCUACCUGCACAUCCCCACAGUCCACUCUGAUUACAGUACACCGGAGUAGGAUUGUUGAGGAUGGCUACAGACAAUUAGCUCAGCUCCCAAGCAGAGCUUUAAAAGGAGUUAUACGAGUGAAGUUUAUUAAUGAAAUGGGUCUAGAUGAAGCUGGUAUUGACCAAGAUGGUGUAUUUAAAGAAUUUCUUGAGGAAACCAUUAGUAGAGUCUUUGACCCUCAUCUUAACUUAUUUAAAGUGACUAGUCAGCAGAAGCUAUACCCAUCAUCAACGUCACACAUACAAGAAAAUCAUUUGGCUCUUUUUGAGUUUGUAGGAAAGAUGUUGGCAAAAGCAGUCUAUGAGGGCAUUAUUGUAGAUGUUCCUUUUGCACCUUUUUUCCUGACUCAAAUACUUGGACACCUGCAAAGUGCAACUUACAGUUCUUUGGAUGAGUUACCUUCUCUUGACAUGGAGUUAGCCAAGUCACUCUCCUACAUCAAGCAUUAUGAUGGAGAUAUUUGUGACCUAGAACUGACUUUCUCCUGUGACGAAGACAUUUUGGGGAAGAUUGUAACACACGAACUAGUGCCUGGAGGCAAGUCCAUACAAGUCACCAAUGAAAACAAGAUCAGAUAUGUUCAUUUGAUGGCCCACUUUCGCAUGUAUAGACAGAUAAGGGACCAAACUCUAGCAUUUGUGAAAGGGUUCAAGUCUGUUGUUACUCCAGACUGGCUGAGCAUGUUCUCUGCCCCUGAGUUACAGAAGUUGAUCUCGGGGGAUAGUGAUUCCCUAGACAUGGAUGACCUCAGACGCCACACUCAGUACUAUGGUGGGUACCACAACAACCAUAAGGUCAUCAACUGGUUGUGGGACAUUGUUGAAAAUGAUCUGACCACAGAUGAAAAAGGCUUAUUUCUUAAGUUUGUCACUAGCUGUUCUAAACCUCCAUUGUUGGGAUUUGCUCACAUGGAGCCACCUUUUUCUAUACGAUGUGUUGAAGUCAGUGAUGAUCAGGAUACUGGGGACACAGUUGGUUCAGUCCUGAAGGGAUUUUUUAACAUUAAAAAGAAAGAUGCUGGUGGGCGAUUGCCUACUUCCUCCACAUGCUUUAAUCUUCUUAAACUACCGAACUACUCCAAGAAGUCUGUGCUGCGUGAAAAACUUAGAUAUGCCAUACACUCUCACUCAGGCUUUGAAAUAUCAUGAUAUGACCCAGGUCUCUACUACUUCCAAUCGUUAUUCAGACUUUCA